GAAGGGCGUCAUUUUCAAAGCUGUUUCUAACUGCCUGCUGUUGUCUUGACGCUGGAGCAAACAGAUUGCUGGACGAAACGAGGAAAUGGAAGACCUUGACUUUUCGGAGGAAGAAAUCCAGGAGCAAUUAGCUGCACUGGGAUACGGCAACAUACCGAAACAAAGGCUGCGUGAAUUCAAACGAGAUCUUGACCUGCUGAUUCGUCACGAAAAGUCCAAGAGCAGCACUUCGGCCGAGUGGAGCUCUCCAAAAUCUCACAGCAGUUCAUGCAAGAGUCCACCAGCGUUUACUAAAGAGAAAGUCCAGGUACCCAGUGCUGCUUCCAAGUACAACUACAUUUAUUCUGGCAGUAGGGCAGCAGAUCAGCACACACAGGUUCUGACCUCAACUUUUAAUGAUGAAAACUAUGACAGCAUGAACCUGGGGCCUUGCGACUCUUACAUAAAGCACACAGUGGCUCCCAGAUGCAUCAGACCCUCUACAGCUCCUAACAGGCUUGAGGUCGAGGAUGCAUCCUCUGACAUUUACCCUUCAGACGUCGGGGCCAAUGAACCCGUGAGGCUCCAGCGAGACACGCACACAAACCCAAAACCUCCUCUGAAGAGAAAAGUGCUAAGGAAGCACAGGGGACAUUCUGAGGUGUGUGAUGAGUCUACAUACAGCGAAGACUCUGAGCCAGUAAGUGAGCUGGAAGAGCGCUUAGCACAACUCCAUGUGUCUGUUCCUCAUGACCGGUACUCUGAAAGUGAGGAGACGAGCAGCUACAGUGACAGGCACAGCUCCGCAACGGAGGACCUCCCUACUGCUUUUCAGGACUACAUUAAAGGCAUGAUGAGAUCACACAGUGAGAAUGACCUCAGACCUCGUCCCAAAUCCUUUAUUCGUCCAGUUAUGGAUCACCCACACACAAGGAACCUGAAAAAAACAGAUCCUGUUGCGAAAUAUUUCCAGUACAAGCAGGACUGGGAGAUGUUUAAGCCUCCUGGAGAGAAACGCAGGAACGAGCUGCACUGGGCCAUAAGGGAACAACUCACGUACCAGCCUCCACCUCCAAAGCCUCAGAGAACAUACGUCCCAAACACCUACGUGGUGCCUACAGAGAAGAAGCGUUCAGCUUUACGAUGGGAAAUCCGACACGAUUUGGCAAACGGCAUCAUUCCUGCAAGAGUGACUUAUACGUAGCAUGACUUACAGUUGUUGGCUUAACAUCCAUGCUGCAUUACAAUGUAAAGUUUCAUUAUUUAUUAAUGCAUGUUUCCUCGUCCUGUGAGUUGUAUGAUUGAAAUGAAUGACAUACAGAUCAGCGUUUAUGAAAUAAAUG